CCCAUAUCGACCUUUUUUAGGUUUUUGGUUUAUGAUGUUGAGUUCAGUUCAACACUUUCCUCGAUCCAAAUUCAACUUGGUUAAGGAGCCUAAUAAACAUGCCUAAACAGACCUACUGAACUAUUUGUGUGUUUGUGUAUAUAUAUAUAUAUAUUAUAUCCGUUACACUGGUCAUAUAUAUUUCUCCCCAGAAACCCUUAAAAGUCUCUCUCUCUCUCCCCUCGAAAGCCCUUCUUCACCUGAGGGCUGAGUACGCCUCGUUGUGUCGCCGGCAAAAUCAACGGAUCGGCGAAGUUUUCGAGAUAUCUGUCUCCGUCACAAUUGCCGCAACCCUUUCCAUAAACAUCAUUCGCUCGUCGCCGGAAGAUUUAUUCUUUACUCUCUCAAAUCGACCGGCGUCUCACCGCUGUAAAUGCGGUUGAAAAGCCUUCAUUUUUUAGGAGCUUCUGCUCUCUAGCUUAAAGACACCAUGAACGCCUCAAUAAUCGAUCCGUUGCAGGGAGAUUUUCCGGAAGUGAUAGAGGAGUAUCUGGAACAUGGGAUAAUGAAAUGCAUUGCCUUCAAUCGCAGGGGAACGCUUCUUGCUGCUGGGUGCUCUGAUGGAAGCUGCAUUAUAUGGGAUUUUGAGACCAGGGGCAUAUCUAAGGAACUCCGAGAUAAGGACUGUGUUGCUGCCAUAACAAGUGUCUGUUGGUCAAAGUAUGGUCACCGCAUACUUGUGUCUGCUGCUGACAAGUCAUUAACGCUUUGGGAUGUUGUCAAAGGAGAGAAGAUAACACGAACAACUCUGCAGCAAACCCCAUUACAAGCUCGUCUACAUCCUGGUUCCUCUUCUCCAUCUCUUUGUCUGGCAUGCCCUCUCUCAUCUGCUCCCAUGAUUGUUGACUUGAACACUGGAAGCACAACUGUGCUUCCGGUCUCCUUGUCUGACACAGGCAGCGGAGUUGCCCCUCCAUCACGCGGAAAAUUUGCAGAUGGAUCUGCGCCAUUUACUCCAACUGCUGCAUGCUUUAACAAGUAUGGUGAUCUGGUUUAUGUUGGGAAUUCCAAAGGAGAAAUACUUAUCAUAGAUCACAAGAACAUUGAAGUACGUGGCAUUGUUCCCAUUUCUGGGGGUGCUGUAAUUAAGAAUAUUUCAUUCAGCAGGAGUGGGCAGUAUCUUUUGACCAACUCCAAUGAUCGUACAAUCAGGAUCUUUGAGAACCUUCUACCCUUGAAAGAUUGUCUUAAGGCCCUUGAUGAAUCACCUAAUACAUCAGAUGAGCUAGAUGGGGUUGACAAGUUAAAAGCUGUUGGAUCAAAGUGCUUAACAUUAUUCAGGGAAUUUCAAGAUUCCAUCACCAAAAUGCAGUGGAAAGCACCAUGCUUCAGUGGUGAUGGCGAGUGGGUUAUUGGCGGUUCUGCGAGUAAAGGAGAGCACAAGAUCUACAUAUGGGAUAGGGCUGGGCAUCUUGUAAAAAUCCUUGAAGGUCCAAAGGAAGCGCUAAUAGAUUUAACAUGGCAUCCUGUUCACCCUGUUGUUGUCUCUGUUUCCCUAACUGGCUUGGUUUAUAUUUGGGCUAAGGAUUACACUGAAAACUGGAGUGCAUUCGCUCCAGAUUUUAAGGAACUUGAGGAAAAUGAGGAGUAUGUAGAACGUGAAGACGAAUUUGAUCUGGUGCCUGAGGCUGAAAAGGUGAAAGAAUCAGAUGUUAAUGAAGAUGAUGAAGUUGAUAUUGUGACGGUGGAGAAUGAUUCAGCUUUCAGUGAUUCAGAUAUAUCACAGGAAGAAAUAUGCUUUUUGCCUGCCGUUCCUUGCCCCGAUGUUCCUGAGCAGCAUGACAAGUGUGUUGGAAGUUCUUCAAAGUUGGGGGACAGCAACCAUUCUGGAUCCCCUCUUUCAGAAGAGGCAGGGCUUAAUGGGCAAGCGAUGAACCAUGUAGGCAGUCCAAUCGAAGCAAUGGAUAAUUCUGCUGCUGAGGACACUGGAGGAACGAGCGUGAAAAGAAGACGGAAACCUUCCGAGAAGGGACUGGAAUUGGAGGCAGAGAAGGUCAGGAAACCUUUAAAGAAGAUGAAACCUUCUGGUAAAUCAUCCAAAAUAAAAAAUAAAUCUGUAGUUGAACAGGAAACUAGUAUUUGUGUAUUUGCUGAUGGUGUUAAUGGUGAGUACCAUUAGAUAUAACUCCUUAAUAAUUUAAUUUAUGUUGGAAAUUUCCUUCUCUCAUUUCAGCUGAAUGACUUUUCAUAUUAAUAGGUUAUUUCUAAAA